AUGUCUGACGAUAAAGUUGUCACUGAUAUUAUCACCUUGACUCGUUAUGUUCUUGAUGAACAACGCAAGUAUAAGGAGGCCAGUGGCGACCUAUCCUUAUUGCUGAAUAUAAUUCAACUUGGUUGUAAAUUUGUAUCGGCAAAUGAUCCCAACGGAAUCAAAUUAUGUGUAACAUUCAAAUUUAAAGGAAUAUCUUGUUUGAAUUUUAAUACUCGCAGGACUGGUCUUGCCGCUGGUACUCAAAAUAUCUCCGGCGAUGACCAAAAAAAACUUGAUAUCAUUUCCAACGAAAUUUUUAUCAAUGCACUUCGCUCUUCUGGAAAAGUGUCUGUGAUGGUAUCUGAAGAAAACGAUGAGGCCAUAAUUGUGGAAGAAGGCUUAAAAGGAAAAUACUGCGUUGUGUUUGAUCCGUUGGAUGGGUCAUCCAAUAUUGAUGCUGGUGUUAAUGUUGGCACUAUUUUCGGUAUUUAUAGAGUGCAAGAAGGCUCUUCUGGUGACAUCUCGGACGUUCUUCGACCCGGUCGCGAAAUGGUCGUUGCCGGUUAUUGUAUGUAUGGUAGUUCGGCGAACAUGAUUAAAAUUCCAUCACGCGGUAAGAUAUACUCUGUUAACGAAGGCAAUUCCAAAUAUUGGGAUGAAGCUUGCACCGAAUAUUUUCAGUCCCUUAAAUCUCCCCCGGAAGGAAAAAGUCCAUAUUCGGCUCGAUAUAUUGGAUCAAUGGUGGCAGAUGUUCAUCGUACGCUCUUAUAUGGUGGACUCUUCGCGUACCCUUCCGACAAAAAAUCAAAAAACGGUAAACUUCGCCUCCUGUACGAGUGUUUUCCAAUGGCUUUCUUAGUUGAACAAGCUGGUGGUAAGGCCACCACUGGUACAACGAGGGUACUUGAUGUUGUGCCCGAGGAAAUCCAUUCCAGAUGUCCAAUCUUUUUGGGUAGUAAAGAUGAUGUGGAUGAUGUGGAAAAGCUUUAUAAAAAGCUCGCCCAAUAA